GAAAAAGAUAGAGGGGUCAUUAAAAUAAAUCUGUUUUCAGCUAGCCAGAGAUCUCUCUGCAGACGGGAAAACCCUGUACGGUGCUAACAGAACCCUGAAGAUGCCAGUUCUGAAUAUUGUGGGAGACAACAGUCCGCAUAUCGAGGCAACAGUAAACUUUAAUGGUCGAUUAGACCCAGCCAGGUGUACCUGGAUGAAAAUGCAGGAGGCAGGAAUGGUUCUUGAAGAGCAACCAAUUAAAGUAGCAGAAGCAAUCAGAUUGUUCCUUCAAGGACUUGGAUAUACACUAUCAACAAGAUCAAGAUCUGUCACAUCAUCUCCACUUAAACUCAGUGCAGUAGGAGAGCGGAGAGUGGAGCCAAAUCUUGAAUCUCUGAACUUCAACGAAAACUUGAAAAUCUAAUUUUCUCACAA